GCUAAGGGUUUAGGGUUUUAAACCAUUUAGGGUCUUCUCUCCGGCGGGUUUUCUAGGGUAUAGGCGCUUGCAAGGCUAUGUCGAUGUUGGCGAGAAUUGCCAAGCGAGCCGUGCAGGCCUCGGGCUCCAGCCAGGCGGCUCACAGGCUCACAACGUCUCCACUGCUUUCGAGAUGGUCUAGAAACUACAGCAAAGCUGCUGGAGGGGAUGUCAUCGGUAUCGAUUUGGGCACAACGAAUUCUUGCGUUUCUGUGAUGGAGGGCAAGACUCCUCGGGUGAUUGAAAAUUCUGAGGGCGCUCGAACUACACCCUCGGUUGUGGCCUUCACGCCCAAAGGCGAGCGUCUGGUCGGCACUCCUGCGAAGCGUCAAGCGGUCACCAACCCGACAAAUACCAUCUUUGGUUCGAAGAGGCUUAUCGGUCGCCAGUUUGAUGACCCUCAAACUCAGAAGGAGAUGAAAAUGGUUCCUUACAAGAUCGUAAAGGCUCCAAACGGCGAUGCGUGGGUGGAAGCUGGCGGACAGAAGUACUCGCCCAGUCAGAUUGGUGCUUUCGUGUUGAUGAAGAUGAAGGAAACUGCUGAGGCCUUCCUUGGUCGCCCCGUGACCAAGGCUGUCAUCACUGUGCCAGCUUAUUUCAAUGACGCCCAAAGGCAGGCAACUAAGGAUGCUGGAAGGAUUGCUGGCUUGGAGGUUGCCAGGAUUAUCAACGAGCCUACAGCAGCUUCUCUGUCUUACGGCAUGGACAAGAAGGAGGGCCUCAUCGCGGUCUUCGACCUUGGUGGUGGAACUUUCGACAUUUCGAUCCUUGAGAUCUCUGGCGGUGUGUUCGAGGUUAAAGCUACAAACGGGGACACCUUCUUGGGAGGGGAGGACUUCGACAACACUCUCGUGGAGCACUUACUGGCUGAGUUCAAGAAGGACCAGGGGAUUGAUCUCUCCAGUGACAGGUUAGCCCUUCAACGGCUUCGCGAGGCAGCAGAGAAGGCGAAAGUGGAGCUUUCUUCUACGACGCAGACAGAGAUCAACCUGCCUUUCAUCACAGCCGAUGCUUCGGGCGCUAAGCAUUUGAACCUCACCUUGACUCGCUCCAAGUUCGAGGCGCUCGUGAGCAGCCUGAUCGAGAAGACGAAGCAGCCGUGCAAGGACUGCCUGAAGGAUGCCGGCAUCACUGCCAAGCAGGUGGACGAGGUUUUGCUCGUUGGAGGCAUGACCCGGAUGCCCAAGGUUCAGGAAGUUGUGCUCAACAUCUUCGGCAAGGAUCCGUGCAAAGGCGUCAACCCCGACGAGGUGGUGGCAAUGGGAGCCGCCAUUCAGGGUGGAGUUUUGCGAGGCGAUGUGAAGGACAUCCUUCUCCUGGAUGUUACGCCACUGUCCCUGGGUAUCGAGACUUUGGGAGGAGUGUUCACGAGGCUCAUUCCGAGGAACACCACCAUUCCAACCAAGAAGAGCCAGGUUUUCUCGACAGCAGCCGAUGGUCAGACGCAGGUCGGUGUCAAGGUUCUCCAGGGAGAACGGGAGAUGGCAACGGACAACAAGAUGCUGGGGCAGUUUGACCUCGUUGGUAUUCCUCCGGCACCGCGUGGGGUGCCUCAGAUCGAAGUCACCUUUGACAUUGACGCCAACGGCAUUGUGAACGUAUCAGCGAGGGAUAAGUCUACCGGCAAGGAGCAGGCAAUCACCAUUCAGUCGUCUGGAGGCCUGACCGAGUCCGACAUCGAGAAGAUGGUGAAGGAGGCGGAGAUCUACUCGCAGAAAGACAAGGAGCGCAAGGAGCUCAUCGACGCCAAGAACGAUGCCGACUCUGCGAUCUACUCGACCGAGAAGAGCCUCAACGAGCACAAAGACAAGCUGCCUUCGGACGUUGUGACCGCCAUCCAGAGCGCUGUGGCGGAUCUCAAAAAGGCCGUGGAGAGCGAGAAGGUGGACCAGAUCAGGCAAAAGAUCAGUGCUACCCAGACUGCUGCGAUGAAGAUCGGCGAGACGCUGUCAAAGCAAGCACCGCCGAGCGGAGGUGGAUCAGCGCCAGGUGGGGAGACUGCCGAGGCCGAGUACGACGAUGUGAAGCAAGGUAAGUAAAGAGCAGAGACGAAGCAAGAGAAACGCCUGACAUUUUUCUUAGCGAAGAACUGUAUCUUGUUAGCUAGAUGGUAUUUUUUUCCCUUUUUUCUUUUUGGUUUCUUUCUACGUAGGAGACCAAGAGCCAUCAGAUCGAGAGUUUGUAGUAGUAAUAAGGGAGCAAGCAAGCUUUGGA